CACAUCAGCACUGACAACUAACUAAUACCUACAGCUGCCGAAAACAACAUGCGCUAUAAAGUGGUUUACGUGUUUUUGCUAGCAUUACCAUGUAUCGCGGUCGCCUUUUCACAUCAACAUGCAACUACUCCUGGAUAUUAUCAAUUCAGCUAUGGUGUAAAUGAUCCCCAUACCAAAGACCAUAAACAUCAGCACGAAGAAAAAGAUGGCGACGUAGUGAAGGGCUCAUACUCCUUCGAUGAACCCGAUGGUACAAAAAGAGUUGUAGAUUAUGUUGCGGGACCCCAUAAAGGAUUCCAAGCAGUUGUGAAAAGGAUUGGAACAGCUUACCAUCCAGUGAUCAAUGGAAAACAUAAUGAUAACAAUAAUAAUAAAUACUAUGGUAACAAUCCUUAUCUAGGUUAUUACGGAAAAUACUACCCUAAUAAUUAUGAUCACUAUGGAAAAUACGAUCCAAAAAAUUAUGAUAGUUAUGGAAAAUAUAAUCCCAAGACAACAUACGAUAAACAUAAUGAUGGAAAAUAUACCGGAGAAUCUCAUCAUCCAUACCACCAGGGGAAAUAUUAUGAUGAAAAUCAUAUAGGAAAAGAUGUUUCUAAAAAUAAUGACAACCAUGACAAAUAUUAUAACGAUAAUCAUAGAGGAAGUUCCAGUUAUCCUGGGUUUUAUGGUCACAACAAAGGAGUUCAAGGUGGAUACAAGGUAACUCGACCAGGAAAAAAUAUCAAACCGAGCUUUGAUAGCGAUUCUGCUCAUCCCGGACACUAUUAUCAUCCUGGAUACGGAAAAUAUAUCCCAUAUGACCCUGUGUAUAGUGAUCACCAUGAAGGACACUAUUACGGACAUGGUGGUUCCGACCACCAUAAUAACGAUGCACAUCAUCCUGCACAUACUCCUUCAAGCCAUGACGAUCACAAGGGUGCUACAAGUUACGUUGGUAUAACCCACUGGGGGUAUUAAAAAUAAUAACUAUUAUAAAUACUAGAAUCAUAUAAGCGCUGCAAUUAUUGUAUUUAUGUAAAAUAUUGUAUAAAUAAACAUAAGUAGUGAAUAUUUGCUGAAGAAUGUAA